CGCUGACAUUCCCUCAUUUGACCAUUUCUGAACGAGUACCAAAACCACAUCGCCCUCUUUCUUUUUCAUGAGCAGCCUCCUUCGCCAUCAACGCGACAACGACCAGCAUCGACACCUCCCGACAAGCACAACAGGACACGCCUUCCCAGACAACAAGCCAGCUCUGUCCGUAUUCCUUCGGGUCUAACUAUAACAUCUCGCUCUUGAACACACACUUCAGCAUCGCUUCAACUUCAACUUCAACUUCAUGGACCGCUGGGACCCCAUCCAGCUCACGUCAACUUUCCGCCCCGUGCUCGAGCCACACGAGACGAUCCAGACGACCCAAGACCAAGUCGGUCUCUACGACGGCCGCCAAAAGGCAGAGGAUUACCCCAAUGGCACCGUCUAUCUAACUAGCUACCGCAUCCUCUACAUCGAUACCAAAGACCCCGUCCGGAAAUCUAUUGGCCUCCAGCUACGGCUCAUCAAUGGCAUCCAGCACUAUGGCGGAUUCAUGUCCUCAUCGCCAAAACUUACCCUCGAUCUAUACCCGCGCCCACAUUCCUCCUCCUUGGAUCCCACUGCCUCCACCUCUCUAACCAACGGGACCACAACUCUUUCAGGACUCGACACAAGCCUCUCAACCCUCUCCCUCAAAUCCGAACCCUCCUGGGUCUGCGCGAUCUGCUACCAUUCCAAUCAAGGCUCCUUCCUCAAAUGUGCUGUUUGCGGUGUUCGGAAACCGGCCCCUAGUGCUGAUACUCCUAUCCCCGCUACCCCAGUAGCCAAUCCCUUCCAGGUGACAGAAUCUUACAGCAAUAUCAUCACGAGCGGAAUAGGAUCGUCAAGUCCGCGGUCUGCUUCGCAGAGUGGACCUAUGACACCUCCGAUAGCGACUGCAACUGCGAUGACAACAGGAGGAGGAGAUGGAGAGCAUCCAGGAAUCGCAUGUCCGGCGUGUACGUUCCACAACGAUCUCUUUAUGAUUCAAUGCGAGAUCUGCGGAACCCAGUUACAAGAUGCUCAGAGUAUCGCCUUUACGUUGCAUCGCCAGGAGCAGCACCAGCGUGCUAUUCGACAGUUGCCCUCGACCACCGAUGUCGCCACUGAAAGCGCGCGCGCCUCAACACCAACUGCGGCAGGAGUAGGAGCGGCGGGAGACAUCAAAUCUGCGAGCACAGGCGGCUCCAGCGCAGGGGGUAGUAGGUUCUUGGGACUUUAUUCCGGUGCAGGAAAGUCAAAUGUAGAGGAUACGAAUAGUGUGAAGUUAUCGUUUCGGGCAGGAGGUAAUUCGAAUUUUCAUACAUUGCUGAAAGCGGCUAUGGCCACCAGAGCUUGGGAGGCCAAGCCAAAACCGCACCCAGAACCGACGAUGGGACUGGCUUCGUCGGCAUCACAGCAGGACUCAACUCCAGGAUCAUCGCCGGUCAUCAAAGUCGGCGGUAUAAGCGGGAUUAUGCGCACGGUAGAAACAAACAAGAAAGCGACCGACGAGACAUUAUCCCAGGCAUUCCAAGAUCUACAGGGACUGAUGGACAAGGCCGCAGAGAUGGUCGCCCUCGCAGAGAGUAUUUCGAACCGACUGGCGAAAUCCAAUACGAUGAAUAAUGAAGAGACCGCGACCUUCAAGACCUAUCUACUCAGCAUGGGUAUCGCGGCUCCUGUCACAAAGGAUACGGCAGGAGCGGUUUUCCACAAGGAACUGGCGCGUGAGUUGGUCGAGUUCAUUUUACCGAUCGUCGAGAAAGAAGGCGGAACUAUGAGUCUCAUGGACAUCUAUUGUGUCUUCAAUCGUGCUCGCGGCGUUGAAUUGAUCUCCCCAAAGGAUCUUCACACCGCAUGCCAAAUGUUCCCGGACCUGAACUUGCCUUUGCGGCUACGGAAAUUCGAUAGCGGUCUACUAGUCAUUCAGACAAUGGCCCGAUACAGUGACGACGAGGUCUCGAGUGCAAUCUCGAAACGCAUUCAGGAGCUCCCGCCUGGGGCACCGGGUCUAUCAGCCGUCGAACUCGCGAGCGCCAUCCAGAUUAGCGUCGCCCUCGCUCAGGAGCAGCUUUUGAUGACCGAGGCAAGGGGAUUGAUUUGUAGAGACGAGUCCGUUGAGGGACUACGUUUCUAUGACAAUUUAUUCGCAAAGUGGGAGAUCUAGAAAACUGUCAAAGCAUUUACAUACAUCCCAGCUCUGCGCACAUAAUUUUCGAAAAUCAGAAUAAAAGCGC